GCCUCCCUCCACGCCGCACCUCUGCGCACGGCUGGACCUUGCCCCUGGCCUCCGAUUUCCCAGCUCCAAUCCCAGUCAAACCGCCCGGUCCUCCUUUUCCCUGGCCGGGAGCUCGGCGCCGAAGGUUGCUCUGGGACAGACAGACCGACAGGCAGACAGACGGACGGAGGGCGCCCAUGGCCGCGCCCGAAGAGCCUUGCCCCGGCCGGGAGGCCUGGAACCAGACAGAACCAGAGCCUGGGGCCCACCACCUGCUCAACUUGUGCUUCCUGAGAACAGCAGGGGUCUGGGUGCCCCCCAUGUACCUCUGGGUCCUUGGCCCUAUCUACCUCCUCUACAUCAACCGCCAUGACAGUGGCUACCUCCGGAUGUCCCAUCUCUUCAAAGUCAAAAUGGUGCUUGGUUUUGCCCUCAUACUUGUGUGUACCUUCAAUGUGGUCAUGCCGCUGUGGAGAAUCCAUCAGGGAAGGCCUCAGGCCCCAGAACUCCUGAUCCACCCCAUCGUGUGGCUCACUACCAUGAGCUUUGCCAUGUUCCUGGUUCACCUGGAGAGGAAGAAGGGAAUCCGGGCAUCCGGGGUGUUGUUUGGGUACUGGUUGCUCUGCUGCCUCUUGCCAGUGAUCAGUGUCAUCCAGCAGACCUCAGCAGGAAGCUUCCAACACGAGCCCCUCCAGCACGUGGCCACCUACUUGUGUUUGUCCCUGGUGUUGGCAGAGUUGGCACUGUCCUGCCUGGUAGAUCGGCCCCCCUUCUUCUCUGAAGACUCCCAGCCACUGAACCUAUGUCCAGAGGCUGAGUCCUCCUUUCCUUCCAGGGUCAUGUUCUGGUGGGCUUCGGGGCUCCUCUGGAGGGGGUACAGGCAGCUGUUGGCACCAAAAGACCUCUGGUUGCUUGGGAGAGAAAACACUUCUGAAGAGCUCGUUUCUCAGCUGGAAAGGGCGUGGAGGAGGAACUGCAGGGCCCCAGGGCACGCCAAGGUAUUUAAAGACAAAGGACACAACGAUGUGGAUCCCCCUGAGACUGAGGCUUUCCUGCAGCCAGUGGGGAGCCAGCGGGGCCCACUACUCAGGGCUAUCUGGAGGGUAUUCCAGUCCACCUUCCUGCUGGGGACCCUCAGCCUCGUCAUCAGUGAUGUCUUCAGGUUUGCUGUCCCCAAACUCCUCAGUCUAUUUCUGGAGUUCAUGGAUGACCCUGAGCUCCCAGCAUGGACAGGCUGGCUGCUGGCCGUUCUGAUGUUCCUGUCGGCCUGCCUGCAGACACUGUUUGAGCAACAGCACAUGUACAGGAUCAAGGUCCUACAGAUGAGGUUGCGAACGGCCAUCACCGGCCUGGUGUACAGAAAGGUCCUGGCUCUGUCGAGUGGCUCCAGAAAGACCAGUGCAGCAGGGGACGUGGUCAAUCUGGUGUCUGUGGACGUGCAGCGGGUGGUGGAGAGCCUGCUCUACCUCAAUGCGCUGUGGAUGCUCUUCCUCUGGAUCUUCAUCUGCUUCGUCUACCUGUGGCAGCUCCUUGGACCCUCAGCCCUCACAGCCAUUGCUGUCUUCCUGAGCCUCCUUCCUCUGAAUUUCUUCAUUACUAAGAAGCGGAGCCACCAUCAGGAAGAGCAAAUGAGGCAGAAGGCAUCCCGGGCACAACUCACCAGCUCCAUCCUCAGAACUGUGAGAACCAUCAAAUCCCACGGCUGGGAGCAGGCCUUCCUGGAGAGACUCCUGGACAUCCGGGGCCAGGAGCUGGACACCCUGAGGACCUCCACCCUGCUCUUCUCAGUGUCUCUUGUGUCCUUCCAAGUGUCCACGUUUCUGGUGGCGCUGGUUGUGUUUGCUGUCCACACCUUGGUGGCUGAGGACAAUGCCAUGGAUGCAGAGAAGGCCUUUGUGACCCUCACGGUGCUCGGCAUCCUGAACAAAGCCCAAGCCUUCUUGCCCUUCUCAAUACACAGCAUUGUUCAGGCUCGAGUGUCCUUUGACCGUCUGACUGCCUUCCUGUGUCUGGAAGAAGUGGACCCCAGUGGUGUGGACUCAAGUCCCUCUGGAUGCUCCACAAAGAAGGAUCAAAUUGCUGUACACAAUGGCACCUUCACUUGGUCCCGAGAGAGCCCACCCUGCCUGAACAGGUCAUUGUCACCCCAGCCCCCAUCUCUAAGGCCCAAAGUCCUAGCCAGCCUCAAAACUUUCCAAGAGGGGAUAGACCUCAGCGUGCCCCAGGGCUGUCUGCUGGCUGUUGUGGGUCCAGUUGGGGCUGGGAAGUCCUCCCUGCUGUCUGCACUCCUUGGGGAGCUGUUGAAGGUGGAAGGGUCUGUGAGCAUUGAGGGUCCAGUGGCCUAUGUGCCCCAAGAGGCCUGGGUCCAGAACACCUCUGUGGUCAAGAAUGUGUGCUUCAGGCAGGAGCUGGACCUGUCCUGGCUGCAGAACGUUCUAGAUGCCUGUGCCCUAGGGCCAGAUGUGGCCAGCUUCCCUGAAGGAGUUCAUACCCCGAUUGGGGAGCAGGGCAUGAAUCUCUCUGGGGGCCAGAAGCAGCGGCUAAGCUUGGCCCGGGCUGUAUACCAAAAAGCUGCUGUGUACCUGCUGGAUGACCCCCUGGCAGCCCUGGAUGCCCAUGUCAGUCAGCAGGUCUUCAACCAGGUCAUUGGGCCCAGUGGGCUGCUCCAGAACACGACUCGGAUCCUUGUGACCCAUGCUCUGCACGUCCUGCCCCAGGCCGACAAGAUCCUGGUGCUGGCUGAUGGGGCCAUCGCAGAGAUGGGUUCCUACCAGGAGCUUCUGCACAGGAAUGGGGCCCUGGUGGGUCUUCUUGAUAGAGCCAGACAGCCAGCAGGUGGAGGAGAAGGAGGAACACAGCCAGAGGCCAGCAGCUAUGAGCUUGGGGGCUGUCUUGGAGGAGGGGUGUCUGAGCACAGACCAGAAAGGUCCAGGUCCAUCGAGUCAGCCCCUGUAAGGGACAGCACUACUUCAGAGACUCUAGAUGACCCUGAGGGGACAGGAUUGCCAGUAGGAGAGGACAGUGUGCGGUAUGGCCGGGUGAAGGCCACCACAUACCUGAGCUACGUACAGGCCGUGGGCAUGCCCCUCUGCACCUACACCCUCUUCCUCUUCCUCUGCCAGCAAGUGGCCUCCUUCUGCCAGGGCUAUUGGCUGAGCCUUUGGGCAGACGACCCUGUUGUGGACGGGCGGCAGGCACAUGCUGCCCUGCGUGGCUGGGUGUUCGGGCUCCUCGGCUGUCUCCAAGCUGUUGGGCUGUUUGCCUCCAUGGCUGCUGUGUUCCUGGGCGGUGUCCGUGCAUCUGGCCUGCUCUUCCAGAGGCUCGUGUGGGACGUAGCUCGCUCUCCCAUCGGCUUCUUUGAGAGCACAGCCGUGGGGAACCUACUAAACCGCUUCUCCAAGGAGAUGGACACAGUGGACGUGGACAUCCCGGACAAACUACGGGCACUGCUGACCUAUGCCUAUGGGCUGCUGGAGGUUGGUUUGGCAGUGACCAUGACCACACCGCUGGCCAUUGUGGUCAUCCUGCCGCUUGGUCUUCUCUACACAGCAUUUCAGAACCUCUAUGUGGCCACAUCGUGCCAGUUGAGACGCUUGGAGUCUGCCAGCUACUCAUCUGUGUGUUCCCACAUGGCAGAAACCUUCCAGGGCAGCGCAGUAAUCAGGGCCUUCCGGGCCCAGGGCCCCUUCAUGGCUCAGCACGACACCCUCAUGAAUGCCAAUCAGAGGGUCAGUUUCCCAAGACUGGUGGCUGACAGGUGGCUGGCUGCCAACCUGGAGCUCCUGGGGAACGGCCUGGUGUUUGCUGCCACCACGUGCGCAGUCCUAAGCAAGGCUCGUCUGAGUGCUGGCCUCGUGGGCUUCUCAGUCUCUGCUGCCCUUCAGGUGACACAGACACUGCAGUGGGUGGUCCGCAGCUGGACGGACCUGGAGAACAGCAUGGUAGCUGUGGAGCGUGUACAGGACUACGCACGCACCCCCAAGGAGGCUCCCUGGAGGCUGCCCAACUGUGCAGCCCAGCCACCCUGGCCUUGUGGAGGACAGAUUGAGUUCCGGGACUUUGGGCUGAGACACCGACCAGAGCUGCCACUGGCUGUGCAGGGUGUGUCCCUGAAGAUUCACGCAGGAGAGAAGGUAGGCAUUGUGGGCAGGACAGGGGCUGGGAAGUCCUCCCUGGCUGGAGGCCUGCUGCGGCUGCAGGAGGCAGCUGAGGGUGGCAUCUGGAUCGACGGGGUCCCCAUCACCCACGUGGGGCUGCACACACUGAGGUCCCGAAUCACCAUCCUUCCCCAGGACCCCGUCCUGUUCCCAGGCUCUCUGCAAAUGAACCUUGAUCUGCUCCAGGAGCACACAGAUGAGACCAUCUGGGCAGCCCUGGAGACAGUGCAGCUCAAAGCCUUUGUGGCCAGCCUGCCUGGUCAACUGCAGUAUGAAUGUGCUGGCCAGGGGGACGACUUGAGCGUGGGUCAGAAACAGCUCUUAUGCUUGGCACGUGCCCUUCUCCGGAAAACUCAGAUCCUUAUCCUGGAUGAGGCUACUGCUGCUGUGGACCCAGGGACAGAACUGCAGAUUCAAGCAGCCCUCGGGCACUGGUUUGCUCAGUGCACAGUACUGCUCAUUGCCCACCGCCUGCGUUCCGUGAUGGAUUGCACCAGGGUGCUGGUCAUGGACCAGGGGCAGGUGGCAGAAAGUGGCAGCCCAGCCCAGCUGCUAGCCCAGAAAGGCCUGUUUUACAGGCUGGCCCAGGAGUCAGGCCUGGCAUGAAUGAAGACUCUCAACAGCUCCUGAGGGGCCAGCCAUAGAGCCUGCAUUGGCCAGAGAUGCAGUGAUCCACAGGUCAUCAUGCUGCCCAAUUUAGGUACCUUUUCAGGAAGAUGAUGGCAGACAGCAGCCGACCAUCAGAAUGUUAAGACUCGAAAGGACCUGGCAUGUCCACAUUGGCCUGGGCAAGGUCUGCACAGCCAUGCCCACCCUACAGCCAAGUGGACAGCAGCCCUUGCCCCUGGCUGCCCACUGGAUUCAAGGCCACACCCACCCUAGGCCAAUCAGGCCAGGUGCCCUGGACCUGGGCAAUGGUGUGCACAUUUUCUAAAACUCCCCUUAUAUUUGAGGUCUUUGUAGAUUUUAUGUGCACUUUUAAGAAAUAAUGCAGAGAAAGAACCCAUGGACCCUCUGCCCUGUUUGUCCCAGAGCAGCACCUAGGAUAUGAUUAAGUGGCACACGCAACAAUCACGUUCAUAUUUCCUCUA